CCACAACUACAGCUGCCCCAACAACAACAACCACAACAACUGCAGCCCCAACAACAACUACAACAACUGCCCCCACAACAACAACUACAGCUGCCCCAACAACAACAACAACAACAGCUGCCCCAACAACAACUACAGCUGCCCCAACAACAACCGCAACAACAACAACAACAGCGGCCCCAACAACAACUACAGCUGCCCCAACAACAAUAUCCCGACAACAAGUACAACCACUACAAAAGCAUCAGCAACUACCCCAGCAACAACCACAGCCACUACAACAAGAUCAGCAACUACCUCAACCACAUCUACCCCAACAACAAGUACAAGUACAACCACUACAACGACAAAAGCAACUACCCCUACAACAACCUCAACUACCCCAACAACAACUAG